CUCAUUCACUCAAAUGGGUUCAGCCAAUCAAAUGUGUUAUCACACUCGGGAAAGACCCUUCACAAUUUUAGAAGAUGGCGACUGCUGAACCGGAAAAUUCAACAAAUCCAUUGAGUACAGAAGAAGACAAAAACGACGAAAAUAGGCAAGAGAUUGUGAGUCUUGAAGAUUACAUCAAGCAUCCUCUGCAAAAUAGAUGGGCACUUUGGUUCUUUAAAAAUGACAAAAGCAAAACAUGGCAAGCAAAUCUUCGUCUCAUCUCAAAGUUUGACACGGUGGAAGACUUCUGGGCGCUAUACAAUCACAUCCAAUUAUCAAGUAACUUAAUGUCAGGAUGUGACUACUCUCUUUUCAAGGAUGGCAUUGAGCCUAUGUGGGAGGAUGAAAGGAAUAAACGGGGAGGCCGCUGGCUGAUCACCCUUUCCAAACAGCAGCGCAGAGCCGACCUGGACCGCUUCUGGUUGGAGACGCUUCUGUGCCUUGUGGGAGAAGGAUUUGAUGACCACAGUGAUGAUGUCUGCGGUGCCGUCGUCAAUGUGCGAACAAAAGGAGACAAAAUAUCAAUAUGGACGACAGACUAUGAGAACAAAGAUGCUGUUGUACAUAUAGGGCGUGUGUAUAAGGAAAGACUAGGUGUGCCAGCAAAGGUUAUCAUUGGAUACCAAUCACACGCAGACACAGCCACGAAAAGUGGUUCAACCACGAAGAAUAAGUUUGUUGUUUAAGGAGCCCUUUUAAAGCACAGUUGGUCUCUUGAUUCAUUUUUUUUAUAUUUUUAUUUUAUUUUAUUUAAAGAACUAACAGUUAUUAUUAUCAUUCAUUUUUUUUCAGUUGCUGCAACAAAAGUCUGAAUCUAUAUCAAGUCCAUAUCUUCAUCGGAAGAGGCUUUUUGACUAGUUGAAAAAAAAGAAAAUUGUAAGCCUUUAAAUUUCUGGAUGGAGGGUAUAUUUCGAUCAGAGAAAUAUUGUAGUUGUACAGUGUAAAUACAGAGCCAUGUUUGUUUUUUAAAUGUGAGUGUAUUAAUGGAUCUUUUGCUGGUGAGAUGGGCAUAGAGGUGCGCAUUCAAUUCAAUAUAUAAAUGUUUUUGUUUCAUAGUUUGUUUACCUUUAUAUGUUUAGUAAUAGUUACUAAAUCUUACGUUAAAUUAUUUAUUUUUUAUUCAGUCCAUUUGUUCCCGCUUUAGAUUUAGUGUUUGAUUUAUUUGGACAUGGCGGUAAAGUGAAUUUUGUAAUCACACAACUUUUGUAUUUCUGCUUAAGAAUGUUAAGAGAAGUUAGAUUUUUUUUUUUCUUUUCAAAUGUUGUAUAGAAGUUUAUUUUUGCAGCCUUGAUCAACAUGCCUCAUGUGUAGUGUUCAAGGCAGAAUUAACUAAUUAUCUCUGGUCUUCACCUUUCCUAAGGGGAUUUGUUGAGUAUUUAAAACACAAAAAUUCCUCUCUUGAAAAUGGGUGCUUAUAAAAACUGACUGUAAAUAAAAUGUACAGUACGUUGUCUAUACCUAGUGAAUAACUGCUAAAAAUACAUUAUUGAUCAAAUAAAUCU